UUAAUUCAUCAUCCCCUUCUUGAGACUCUGAGAGAGAGAAUUAGCUAGUAAAUUAAUGGAGGUUCCAGUUAUAGACUUCAAAAAGCUUGAUGGUGAUGAUGAUGAACAGAGAGCUGAAGCUAUGGCUAUUCUCCAUGAAGCUAGUGAAAAAUGGGGUUGUUUCAUGAUUGAAAACCAUGGACUGGAUUAUGAAUUGAUGGGCAAAGUGAAACAACUGGUGAAUCAGCAUUAUGAUGAUCGAAUGAAGAAAAACUUCUAUGAAUCUGAGAUUGUUAAAGGGUUGGAAAUCAAAACCAUUACCUCAGAUUCUGCAGAUUGGGAAACCACUUUCUUCGUUUGUCACCGUCCAAAUUCCAACAUCAAUGAACUCCCCAAUCUCCCGGAGGAUUUCGGGAAAACAAUGGAUGCAUACAUUGAACAACUGAUAAAUCUGGCCGAAAAACUGUCUGAACUAAUGUGCGUAAAUCUGGGCUUAGAUAAAAACUUCAUAAAAGAAUCAUUCAAGGGAAGCAAGGGUCCUACAGUGGGAACGAAGGUAGCGAAAUACCCAAAAUGUCCACAGCCGGAGCUAAUCAGGGGAUUACGCGAACACACAGACGCCGGCGGCAUAAUCCUGUUGCUUCAGGACGAUCAAGUUCCGGGUCUACAGUUCUUGAAAGAUGGGAAAUGUUGGAUGGACAUUCCGCCUUCGAAGAACAACGGUAUAUUCGUUAACACCGGCGAUCAAAUUGAGGUUUUGAGUAAUGGAAGGUACAAGAGUGUGGUUCAUCGAGUGAUGGCGGAUAAGGAAGGAAGUAGGUUGUCGAUUGCUACGUUCUAUAAUCCUGCCGGUGACGCUGUGAUUUCGCCGGCGACGGAGUUGAUGUAUCCUGAGUUCCGUUUUCAGGAUUAUUUGAAUUAUUAUGGUAAGACUAAGUUUGGGGAGAAGAGUCCUAGGUUUCAGAAAAUGAAGGAAAUAAGCAAUGUCCAUGCCUAGGGGUUCCCUAUCCUUCUAGGCUUUGGCUUAAAUUUGUGUUAAAAAUAUUUGUGUUGUAUUGUAUUAACAAUCUAAGAAAUACUUAAUAUCUAUAUUAAAGUCCUAAAGUGUAACUAUGU